GUGCGGGCCCGGCGGAGACCGUGGAAGUGGCUCACGCUGUAGUCCGCCAGGGUCCCCGCGGCGUCCGGACUGUGGCCGGGCGCUCUCUGCUCUCCCUGUGGCCCGCGUCGUCUCCUCGGCCGGGCCCGGGAGCCAGUGGUCCUGGGGCUGGCGGCCUUGCCGAGCCCAGCGGAGAUAGAGCUGUCCUGGCGCGUGGCCAAAGGCCGGAGUCGGCCCAGCUGGCCUUGGACUCGGAGGACCCCGUAGAUCCGGUGGCAGUGAGCCCGGAAGCGGCCGGAGGGAGCCUGCACGUGAUGCGCCAGGGCUUGGGUGGCUGCACUUGGGCGAAUGGUACCUGUGGGCCGGACACCCGUGAGGGACGUCCCGAAGGCACCGAGCCUGUCUCCUUCUCCAGCCAGCAUCUCGCACCCUGGCUACUUCUCCGCGUGUGUCCCAGGGAUGUGCCUCUGGGUGUGGCGAGCCAGAGCACUGCUCCACACACCCAGGCCCCACCUUGACCCAGAGGCCGUGAGGGGCCCAGCUCGGUGCAGAAGCCGAGGCAGGCAGGCAGGCAGGCAGGCAGGCAGAAGGGUGCUCCCUCCUCGGGCCAAAGCAGGCCGCCGAGGCCCGAGGAGCUGGCAGGAGAUGAAGUUUGGCUGCCUCUCCUUCCGGCAGCCUUAUGCGGGUUUUGUCUUAAAUGGAGUCAAGACUGUGGAGACGCGCUGGCGUCCCCUGCUUAGCAGCCACCAGAACCAUACCAUCGCCGUGCACAUUGCUCGCCGGGACUGGGAAGACGUCACCUGGCAGGAGCUGCUGGUGGAAAGGCUUGGGAUGACUCCCACCCAGAUUCAGGCCUUGCUUCUGGAAGGGGAAAAGUUUGGGCGAGGAGUGAUAGCCGGGCUCAUUGACAUUGGGGAAACGUGGCAGUGCUCUGAAAACUUGGCUCCCGUGGAGAUUGUGGAACUGGAAAGUCAAGCCGUUCUGACCGACCUGAAGCAGAAGUACCUGACUGUGAUUUCAAACCCCAGGUGGUUACUGGAGCCUGUGCCCUGUCAAGGCGGAAAGGAUGUGUUCCAGGUAGACCUCCCAGAGCACCUGAUCCCUCUGGAACGUGAGGUCUGCAGAGUAUGCAUCCCUGCGGGGAACGUAGCUGACACCUCAGCUCACCAUCAUGUGCAGCUAGAUCUAUAUUAAUCAGGUCAAGCUGGAGUUACCAUUGCCACGAAGACUGCUGCUACACACCGAGGGAGGUUCACAUACGUGGAUUUCUUUGCUUGGAUGAAGGGAAGGAGGGGUGAACUCUUCCUUACGUGAUGCACCGAGCUCAUUGACCAUGUCUCGAGCACUCUGACGUUUAGGAAAAAGGAAAUGCCUUGGCAUGGUGCUAAUUUUGGUCCUGCUACUUUCUGAAUCAUACGAAUAAACGCGUUGA